GGAAAAUGUAACUAACCCCGGAUUUACACCGCACGAGUCUGCGGCGCGUUACGGCUCCGAGGUGGCUUUGUUUCGUCUUCUACGCGGUGCCAACUCACACAAGAAGCGGAUCAGAAGAGCAGCAGUAGAACGUCACGUGAUUUUCCUGUCAGACGUUUUUCUUGAUUGUCUGAGUUAUAACAUGGAUAAGUUGGCUAAAUGUUAAUGUUUUGUUAGGAUUCAUUCUGUAGGCUGUUUAAUUUUUCGAAUUGUCCUGUUGUUCUGUAGUUAAAAAGUGAAUAAACAUAAAAAUUCAGUUAGGAUUGACAAAUAUUAAAGUAUUAAGCUAUGCAUAUUCGUCUAAAACACAUCCUCAAUUAUGUUUAUUUCACAUAAAGUGCCUGUGAGCAAGAUGAUGUGAAACACGGGAGUCUGCACGAGGUGUUUAUUUUGAAAUUGACAGGAUUUGUGACUUUUAUUUUAUAUUUACGGUGCGGCUUCAACGUGGCGCGCGUCAAAAAUAGACUAGGCACCUAUCUUUAGCGAAGCGGCGCGUAGUGCAGCUUCUGGGACGCUCUUGGAACGUGCCGCGGCGCAUCUGAUGUAAACACGAGCAUUGACUAGAAUGACCGCGAUCGGUUCCGGUUGCCUCUUCGGAGCCGUAACGCGCCGCAGACUCGUGCGGUGUAAAUCCGGGGUAAGUAUUGUCCACCUCUGCUAUUAAGUCCAACUAAAUUCAACUGAAGCUGAUAAUAGUCAGUUUUACUGGCGGUUUUCGCAGCAGCCUCUAUGAAAACCAGCCAUUUUGUUGAAUCACUUGCCACUCAAAAGGGCGAGUUCCGGCGUGGUCACGUGGAUAAGUGACGUCAAUGCAUACCCUCUAUACAUGAAAUAAUUUAGCAGCUAGUUAAAGGGAUAUUUCACCCAAAAAUGAAAAUUGUGUCAUCAUUUUCUCUCACGUUGUUACAAACCUGUAUAAAUUUCUUUACACGAAGGAAGAUAUUUUGAGGAAUGUUUGCAACCAAACCGUUCAUGAUCCAUGAUCCAUAUUUACUUCCAUAAUAUUCUUUUUACUACAUUGGAAGUAAAUGGGGCUCCUGAACGGUUUGGUUACAAACAUUACUCAAAUAUCUUCUUUCAUAUUUAUCAGAAUAAGGAAAUUUAUAAAGGUUUGUUACAACAUCAGAGUGAGAAAAUAAUGACAGAAUUUUUAUUUUUGGGUGAACUAUUCCUUUAAUAACUUAUGCUUUGUUCUGGUUUUACCUGACUCUAGUUUAAACUAAACAAUUUUGUAUGUAAUAUACUACACAAUGUCUAAAAUAGGAUAUAUGGGCAACUUACUUCGGCAUUACUGUUAAACAUAGUAGAUCGCUUCCGGUUCUGUAUGCUUUACGUUAGUGCUGUUUUCAAUUUAGGAGCUAUCAAAGACGAAAAUAACGAUGUCCAGUGGAUAUGCUCAUUAACAUCCAAAUAAAAGAAACUUUUUUAUACUUUAUAGCUUUUGACAAAUGGAUUUUCUUCUCACAUACAUUAAGAUAUUAGAAUAAAAAAAAAUAAUAAUAAUACUACGAAUAACAAUAACAAGCUACGAUGGCACAAACCGGCAAUUGAAAGCGAUCGACCCAGUUUUCCGGUUUGGUCACAUGAUGUUCAACAUGUAAGGGAUAAUGUAGAGGCAGCCGGUAGUUAUCGGGAAAUAAGCCCCGACAGUGUGAUCAGGCGGAGGGUCUUGUAUCACACUGAAGGGGCUUAUUUCGCGAUAACUACAGGCUGCCUCUACAUUAUCCCGCUUAUUACACGGCUACUUGCUACAUAAGGAAAAAAACGGACAUGAAAAUGAAUUUUUUGAAACAUUUUAUUGGCAUAUUUGUUUUAAAUUAACAUUUUUAUCCUUCAGCGAAACUUUGCACAGAUGCAUAAAAUGAUCGUAAUACCUUAUUCCUCUGCUUCAUACUUGUCUGUCUCCAUUUUUUUCUGUUUUAGCCAGUCUUUGAGAAGUUUUAAUGCCCAUUCUGUAUUUUUUUGUGUGUUGGCUUCGUAGCUGUGCUCUAUUUUGUCAAGUUCAGUCUCAAUAAGCUCUCUGUGUCUUGUCGUUUUUUGUUCUUCUAUCCACUGUUUAAAUUUAAAUUGUUUUCCGUACAUGUUAAAAUUAAUGUCAAAAUUUUCCAUUCUUAAUUGCGGUUGUCCAGUGUUUGUCACAAGAUGGCGCCAAACAGUAAUCUUUGUUGGCGCGGAGGGAUUUUACAAGUAGUACCGGCAAUGCGUUAUUACUUUGGAGCGGUUAUUAUUUGAAAAGAACGAACCUGCAAAUGUCUCAACUGACCAAUCAGAAUCAAGCAUUCCAGAGAGCCGUGUAAUAAGUACUGUAUAAUCUGUUAAUACUGUGGAUUAUUUAGGUUAGGCCUAUAUCUUACUGUACCUAACGCUUAUGCGAAAUACUUAUUCUCAUUUUUGAGGUGCUCUGAGUGACUGAUUUGCACAGAUUGACAGCGAUGUCUUGUGAGUUUAGUGUUGAAUAGAUCAGUCAACCGCAAUCACUCCCGCAAUCACACAUUAAAUGGUCAAAUAAAGCUUGGCGGAGUAAAAAAGCAAUGCAAGAAAACCCUGUAGACAUGUUAUCUUUUCAAAUUACUGCUUUUUAUUAUGGGUUUAAAAUAAAAAUGGUUUAAACAUUUGGAAAGUAAUAAACUUUGCUGCAUAAUACAUUUCCUGAUUUAUGUUCUUUAAAGAGGACAUUUCACAAGACUUUUUUACGAUGUAAAAUAAGUCUUUGGUGUCCCCAGAGUCCGUAUGUGAAGUUUUAGCCCCAAAUACCCAACAGAUAAUUUAUUAUAGCAUGUUAAAAUUGACACUUUGUAAAAUGUGCUGUUUUUGGGUGUGUCCUUUAAAAUGCAAAUGAGCUGAUGAAAUGCAAACACACGCUGUUUGUUGAAAUUGUGCUGUCAAUUUUUUUCUGUCUCUUUCUCUCUGCACUAAAUGGCAGUGAUGUGGUUGGAUAGUGCAGGUUAAGGAGCGGUAUUAUUAUAAUAAGAUCUCCUUCUGACAUCACAAGGGGAACCAAAUUUUAAUGACCUAUUGUUUCACAUGCUUGCAGAGAAUGGUUUACCAAAACAACUGGGUUGUUCUUGUUCACAUUUUCUAGGUUGAUAGAAGCACUGGGGACCCAAUUAUAGCAUUUACAGAUUUUCAUGAUUUGUCCCCUUUAAAUAACAUUUAUAAAAGGAAGCUUUGGGGAAUAUAUAGAACUCAUUUAAGAAUUCAACUAAUUUUAAUAACAGAAGGCCAAAUCAUAUGGGAAAUAACAAAAACACAAGUGAAAUGAUUUGAGGAGUCUUUUGUUGACAGACCUUAAGGAAAACUAAGAUUAGCUGGUUAUCUGGGUUAGUUAGAAGUAUGACCUAUAAAGCCUGGUAUGUAGUUCUCAUUUAUUUUUAACCAUCAUAUGAUCAUUGUGCAAUUUUACAAACUAUAGAUGCUCAAAAUAUGAUUCAUAUUAAGCAGUCCAAAUGGAAGACUUAACUUGAAAACUUAAUCAAACUAGGGCAAAACGAGUCACCUCAAUGAUAUAGGAAACCAUACAUCACCAUGUAUUUACAAAUGGACCAUCAUAUACAACUGUGUGUAUUUUUCUGAGCGUACAAAUCUAUUUUAAUAAUAGUUUAAUACUUUGUGAAAUGCCCAUGCAUAACAUCAGUAUUAAAUUAUACAUGUGUUUAUUUGACAAACUUCUAAUAAUGCAAUUGCCAAUUUAAUUAUUUUUAUAAUGUACUCUGAAAGGUACUUCCUUGAUUCGCAGUUUUUUUUUGUAUUUAUGAAUAUUUGAAAUGCACCAUAAAAAAUGUUUUACAAAAAAGUAGCCAGUAUUAAACUUAAUUUGUUUUCCGCAGUGUUUGUGGCUUUUUUAUAUGUCCCACCGCAACCAUUGACUCAGUGUAGACAAGACUGUUGACAAACACAAGAACGUAUUUUUAAUGAUUAAGUAAAAUGAUAUUGAGCAAAUUCUAUUUUGAUCUGAAAUUCUCAUUGGUCCAGCCUCUCACUCAGUGUCAGUUGCGCAAGUAUAGACUUUCGGAAAUCCCAAUUGCGCAGUUUGCUUUAACAAACAACAACCACAGUUGUGGUAAGUAGUUCAUCACAUACGUUUUGUAAGUAUGAGUGAAUGCGUGGGCUUUACUGAGGGAGAGUUCUAUGAGGUGCAUUUUGAUUCACGUGCAUAUGUUAAGAAUUACUAUUCCUGCCCUCGCGGUCAAUUUCUGGAGAGUUUCCGUAGUUUCGUUUUGAGAAGCUUUAGCAGAAUUUUCUCAACAGGAGAACAUAAAGGCCAGAGGCUGAUUGAUGUUGGCAGCGGACCAAAUAUCCACAGCGUCUUGAGCGCGUGCCAACAUUAUGACGAGAUUGUCUUGUCUGAUUUCGUCGAUAAUAAUCGUAGAGAAAUCGAAAAAUGGUUGAAGAAUCAAGACGGCUGUUUAGACUGGACAUCUGUUGUACAGUACAUCUGUGAGCUGGAAGGUAAAAGCCCGUCUGAUUUGGAGGCUUUACUGAGGCAACGAGUCAAAAAGGUUUUAAAAUGUGAUGUCCGGUUAGAGAAUCCGUUCUAUCCGCACACAUUGGAACCAGCUGACUGUGUCAUUACAUCCCUGUGCCUGGAAGCAGCAUGUAAAGACAUUCAGGCAUACCGUCAGGCUUUACAUGGGCUGACCAAGCUCCUGCGUCCCGGUGGACUUCUCGUCAUGAUAGGUGUUUUGGGUGAAACCUUCUACAAAGUGAAUGAACAGUCCUUUUCCUGUCUUACAUUGAGUCAGCGUGAUAUUGAGGAAGCACUUAGAGGUGCAGGCUUCUCUAUCCAUGAGUUUAAUAUACUGCCUACAGAAGACCCAAAAAGCAACUCUGUGUCUGACUUUGAGGCUGUUUUUUAUCUUGUGGCAAACAAAUCUUCUGAAUUACAAACCAAGUAGAGAAACUUACAAAACAGAACAAAAUCAGCUAAGCAUGCUUAAAUUACAUUAUUAAGCGGCACUUUAGAUCAGGGUUUUCCUGGAUCGAAAAAGGGUCUACAAUCGUACACACACACAGUAAAAGGGUACCCCACCCAUAUGAAUUGAGAUCUUUUUUACUAGUUUAUAUGUAAAAAUGCUACCGGUAAAACCAAAGUAGGUUUAAAAAUCUGUUUAAGAUAUCAUAUCAAGUAAAAUAAUAUAUCAAAUUUUUACUAACAUACUAAUUUUUACCAUAUAAGAAAUAAUUUACCAGCUAGUAAGGGAUAGUUCACCACAAAAAUAAAAUUCUGUCAUUUCCUCACUCUCAUGUUGUUACAGACCUGUAUUUCUUUGUUCUGAUGAACACGACGGAAGAUAUUUUGAUGAAUGUUUGUAACCAAACUUUCAUGAGCCCCAUUUACAUCCGUAGUACUUUUUUCCCUACUUUAGAAGUAAAUGGGGUUCCCGAGCGGUUCAAAUGAAUCAGUUCAAAUGAGUCAUUAGGUUGUGAAUCGGACUCUACGCACAUACUAUCUCGCAAUCACACAUUAAUCAUAAUGUAAAUAAAUAAAGCUUGGCGGAAUAAAAAAGCAAUUCAGGAAAACCCUGUAGAGAUGUUAUCUGCUUAAUAAGUGCUUUUUAUUAUGGUUUUGAAAUAAAAAUGGUUUAAGCAGUUUGCUUCUUUAAAUGCAUUAUGUAAAUUAACAUUUGGAAAGUAAUAAACAUUACUGUGAAAUACA